AGAAAUAGAAAAUAGGGUUACAUUUCAAAAUUAUUAAACAUUUACUUUAAAUUAAUUCUCAAUAUGUUACAAAAUAUAUUUGAUGAUUUAAAGCGGAUGAAUAAACGCCAACUAUUAUAUCAAAUUUUAAGUUUUGGAAUGAUAGUAUCUUCUGCUUUGAUGAUUUGGAAAGGAUUAAUGGUUGUCACUGGAAGUGAAAGUCCAAUUGUUGUUGUUUUAAGUGGAAGUAUGGAACCAGCAUUUCAUCGAGGAGAUUUACUAUUUUUAACAAAUAAUCUGGAAGAACCAGUACGAGUAGGAGAAAUAGUCGUUUUCAAAGUUGAAGGUCGUCAAAUACCUAUUGUGCAUAGAGUUAUGAAAUUACAUGAAAAAGGUGGUAAGAAUGGUACAGUAAAAUUCUUAACGAAAGGUGAUAAUAAUUCUGUUGAUGAUAGAGGAUUAUAUGUACCAGGUCAAUUAUGGCUUAGUCAUAAAGAUGUUGUUGGUCGAGCACAAGGAUUUUUACCCUAUGUUGGAAUGGUUACAAUAUAUAUGAAUGAAUAUCCAAAGGUCAAAUAUGCGAUUCUUGCAUGCCUUGGAAUAUAUGUUUUAGUACAUCGAGAAUAAGUACACGAAUACAAAUAAAAUUUAUCACAUAAAAUUUAUA